CAGGAUGAGUGCCAUCAGCAAAUACUGGAACGAACUGACGACGGGGGUGGACUGCAGCACCCUGUCGCAUCCGGGGAAGACAUGCAGCGAUCACAUCCGGUAUCAGUUGCGCGCUACAGUGUGGGGAAAUAUGCAGUUUUUCAUACCGGUAUCGAUUCUACGACUGUUUUUGCUGGCCUACACGCGUAAAGCCGUUUCGUGGGAAAUAGUGCGCCAGACUAUAUUCGAAUUUAGCAGCAUGGUAGCGAACGGGUGGAUCGUUUCCAACAGCUGGAGUGCCGGGUUUUGUGCGAUAUAUCACACCUUCGGGAGGCUCAUCGAUAACUACUCGAUCUCGCUGCCGAGUCUGGCCGGAACGCUGGUUAUGUUCUGGAUGCCGUCGUACGUGCAGACCAGCCACUGUCGGGCGAUUUUUAAUGUGUUUAUAGAGUGCUGGAUCAAAUCUAGAGAACACCCAGUAAUCGAAUACGCAAGGGAAUCGAGAGUGAUCGGAACAGUGACGUUUAUGCUUAUCAGCGCACUUAUCGGACACUAUUCGAUGAGAGCAAAAGCGGUUGAGUUUUGGUUCUUCGCACCGUUGAAAAAAGAUCUCAACCUGCCCGGACACAGCACCCAGACAAACAAAGUAUGUUACCAUCGUGAAAGUUGCCGGACCUACAUCCUGGAUGGCAUGAAAACCUGUUUCACCUUCGGUAUGAUUCUGGAGCUCGCUCGGAAGCUGUUAGCCUCGGCACCCAAAAUCCGACAAAAUCCGGCCACACUUUUGCGGGCGCUCUCACGGAUGCGCUUUAAAUUUGUCGCAUUUUUAACCCUCUACAACGGACUGUUUCGGCUUGUAAACUGUCUAUUGGCUCACCAUCGGCGAAAAGUAUCCGCAUACGAUAGCACUCUGGCCGGCCUGAUCAGUGGAUUGUCCUACUCGCUUUCGCCGAACUUCAACGUGUUCAACCUGGCAGUAGCCGCCAUGGUACAAAACGCCUGGAACUACGUCAGUGAGAAGUACUCCCGACUGGAGUUAGUCAAGCAACUUAACCGGCUAUCGUUCAGCUCGAUCACCUGGAUCAUCCUGAUGAACUACAAUAUGUACAGCAGGGCGUACUAUCCGUACGCAAUGUCCAAGUACGCACUUAAAUUUACUGACCUGUGCUCCAGCGCUCAAGCACGCACGGCGUCGGAAUGUUUAGCCAAAUUAUUCUUAAGUACAAGCUAAGAUACUUCAUUCCAAGUUUGAUACAUGACGGGCUGGUUCCAGUUGUUGAAAU